UAUUUAUGAAGUCCGGGAUUCGUUGCGUUCAGACUGGUUCACCGGGUUAGGGUUUUUAUCUGUCCCUCUAUUCUACGGUUCGGGCAUGGCGACUGCUCAGCAGCAGGGAGGAGGAGGAGCCAAGAGGAAGCCGGUGUUUACGAAGGUGGACCAGCUGAAGCCGGGGACGAGCGGCCAUACCCUCACGGCCAAGGUGUUGAGUUCCAAGAUGGUGCUCGACAAGGGCCGCACCGACUCCGCCCAACUCCGCCCCACUAGGAUCGCCGAAUGCCUCGUCGGUGACGAGACCGGCACCAUCGUCUUCACUGCCCGCAGCGACCAGGUUGACUUGAUGAAACCGGGCACCACUGUCAUCCUCCGCAAUGCAAAGAUUGAUAUGUUCAAGGGCUCAAUGAGGCUGGCUGUUGACAAAUGGGGUCGCAUUGAGGUUACUGAGUCUGCUAAUUUUACAGUAAGAGAGGACAACAACUUAUCUCUUGUGGAGUAUGAGCUCGUAAAUGUCGUGGCAGAGUGAACAUGAUCUCCUAUCAUAUAAUUUCAUUCGAUGGACUGAAGAAGGCUUUGACUUCGACAGCCUUGUGGGUAGUUUCAUCCUCAACUCCCUGAUCGAAGAUUUGUAUGUAUGAGGUUUUAUGAGAAGAGCAUUUUGAGGUUGUUAUACAAAAUCCCACUGAAGCUAGUGUGAUUUUGUUCUUGUCAACAAUUCUGCCCAUUGGCUAGGGUUAUUCGCUGCAUCCAUGUGACUUAUCCAUUGGCUGUAAAUUGUUCGCACAAGUUAUUUUCUCUGGUGCACGUAGAGAUGCUCAACUGAAAAAUUGAAGAAUCUAAUUGUGGAAAGACAAUCUGUUGAUUUAUCCAAUUUCUGCUUUAAUUCUUGCCAA